CUGAGAUGUGGAAUGAUUUAUAAUGUUUUAUCGGCACUUUAGCAGAUGUUUUUAUUUGAUGUGACAUUCUUCAGGACUGGAUUGUAACGGGAAACGAUGUCGGACGCUGAAGGUGCUCGCAGUCCAGACCAGCUGAAUAAAUUCGAGAAACUGACAGGCAGGCCGCCACACGGUCCUGUCAGAUGUUGUAAUAAAUACAACCAUUGAUCCAGUUUAUCUUGUAUUUUGACGUACUUCGAGGAACAUUUCGUUCGCCAUGGGUUUAUCAGGUCAUCGUACUCCCCCCGCCCGCAGUGGGCAUCGCUGUGUUGCUGACAACACUAACCUGUAUGUGUUUGGAGGGUACAACCCUGACUACGAUGAGUCAGGAGGCUCAGAGAAUGAAGACUAUCCACUGUUCAGGGAGCUUUGGAGGUACCACUUUGCCACAGGCUGCUGGCAGCAGAUUCGAACAGAGGGCUAUAUGCCCACAGAGCUGGCGUCUAUGUCAGCUGUUUUGCAUGGCAACAACCUCCUGGUGUUUGGCGGAACUGGGAUCCCCUUUGGUGAAAAUAAUGGCAAUGACGUACACGUUUGUAACGUGAAGUACAAGCGAUGGUCGCUGCUCAACUGUCGGGGGAAGAAGCCCAACAGAAUCUAUGGACAGGCAAUGGUUAUCAUAAACGGCUUCCUGUACGUGUUUGGAGGGACAACGGGUUACAUCUACAGCACGGACCUGCACAGGCUGGACCUGACCACCAGGGAGUGGAUCCACCUCAAACCCAACAACCCUCCUGACGACCUGCCUGAGGAACGGUACAGGCAUGAAAUAGCACAUGACGGACAGAGGAUCUACAUUCUGGGAGGAGGAACUUCCUGGACAUCUUACCCUCUGGACAAGAUACAUGCUUAUAAUCUGGAGACCAAUUCCUGGGAGGAGAUUGCAACUAAACCUCAUGAAAAAAUAGGAUAUCCUGCUCCCAGGAGAUGCCAUAGCUGUGUACAAAUACGAAAUGAUGUAUUUAUCUGUGGAGGCUACAACGGGGAGUUGAUAUUAGCUGAUCUGUGGAAGAUAAACCUGCAGACCUUCCAGUGGAGUAAACUACCAGCAUUGAUGCCUGAGCCAGCCUACUUCCACUGUGCUGCUGUCACCCCAGCUGGCUGCAUGUACAUCCAUGGUGGCGUGGUGAACAUCCAUGAGAACAAGAGAACUGGCUCUCUGUUUAAGAUCUGGCUGGCUGUGCCCAGCCUUCUGGAGCUAUGCUGGGAGAAGCUCCUCAAGGCCUUUCCCCACCUGACUUCACUCACCACCAUGCAGCUGCUUAACCUGGGCCUCACGCAGGAACUCAUUGAACGCUUGAAAUAGGCCACACAGUGGAGGACGGACAAAUGAAUGAAUAGAUGGGAUGGGCUGGGCUAGACUGGGAGGAGAUGAGGUCUGACAGAGCACAGAAUUUCAUUCACAAAAUUCUCGGGAAAAAUGCCCUCUCCCUCCCCUGCCUAACGUAGCCCCGCCUUAAAACCAAAAACAAUGGGAUGCCUUUUUUGGUUUGUUCUUAUUUUUUUUGCAGUUUCAAUGAUGAUAAAGAAAAUAAAUGUGGAAUGUUUUAUGGAUUUUACUCAAACAGCUCCUCCCCCCCGCCACCAUUGUUCCUUAAAUGAUGCCUUUGUGUCAAGCUAAAUAUGAAUUCCUGCCCGCUUCUCAUCCUCCAAACUGUGACACCUGGAAAUACUUUAAUUUGCCAUGUCAUGUUUUCAAAGACUCUCCUCUACCAUUUUUUUAAAAUAGGCCUUCUCUAGUACUUUUAAGAAUUCUGUGCAAAGGAAGAAUGCAUGUGUAUUUAUUUGAACAACUAAAUCAGUUUUUCUCGGGGUAUUCUCAUCACCUGAUAUUGCUGUUUGCACAUUUUGUCUUGCAUAUUUGUGGACAUUUACUUUUUUAAAUAGAUCCUAUAAGCAAAGUAAUGUUUUCAGUCUAAAAAGUGGCAGACAGUGGUUUUGCCAAAGGACCAUGCCAGUGUUCUUGCACAUUUUAGCCAAUUUAACGCAAAUCUCCAUAUAUAAUUUAUCAUUACUGCUGACAUGCUGUAGUGUUUUCGUGACCUUCCAGCCUUUUUUGUCAGUUUCUUCCCUAUGGUAUGAAAAUCAACUUCCACAAGCUUGAAAUUUGCUUGAGUUACAGAGUCAAUCACACUGAUUUUCAUGUGUUUUUAUUGUUGAAGUUCAGUUAUCCUUGCAUAACUGACAUAAAUUAAAGCAGACGUGUUUACAGUGAGGGAUUACCAAUCUUAAAUUUCAAGUCUUUGCGAGUUGUUUUUAUAGUAUAUGGAUGGAAACCUGUGUCUGCCCUAACUAAGUUAUGGUAUGCCUUUUAAAAUGGUCAUGAGUAAUAUGUUAUCUGUGGUAAACUGGCUAAAACAUACUGAGAACACUGUAUACUCUUCAUUAGUGUGUGAAGAAAAGGUUCAAUUCUGGUUUUGCUUAUGUCUGAGCCCUUGUAUUUUCCAUUAUACAUUAUGUUACAGACUGGUCUGGAAAACCAUCUGCAAAAAAGGUUAAAGUAAGGUGGGUAUCUUCCAAAUGAUUUAAUUUCUAUUCUGUUUGCUUGCAACUCUCAUCUGUAAAAAAAAAAAAAAAAAAAAAAAAAAAAAAAAAAAAAAACAUGCAACACAUCACUGUGAAUUUGGUGCUGUUUAAAAUUAAUUUAAAAUGAUUUUAUUCGAAUAAAGACUUAAUUCUGUUCAGACUUUUACUCCCUCUCUGUUGAUGAUACUGAAAAUGUUUUGCACAGGGAGUUUAGUAGCAGGCUUAUACAAACAUUUGUUUAUACUGCAGUGCCUUUUUCAAACUUAAUGAGGUUGAAAUUUCACAAAUACAGGCAGUAUAAGAUCUUUGCAUGUUUAGACAAAGGGUUUCUGUUGAUAAUUGUGUUUUCAAGUAAGUGAACAUUUGAACCAUUUUCAACAAGCCAUUACAUAGAAAUCACUCAACAUCUAAGUGGCAAACACAGCAAUUUUGUAUCCUGUUUCAAGGAUGCAGGAGCUUUGUAUUCUGUUCUUGUUAAUGGCCAGACAGAGUAGACUUCAGAACAGGAUGCAGCAUAUUUUGGGUCUUAAUCCUAAAAGCACGUAUUCAGCGUGUCAAGUUAAUGUCUUCAAUACAGUUCAUAUGUUUAAUUAAUUUAACUGAUGCCAAAUAAUAUUGCACCUUGAACAAAGUGUGAUUAUGAGGAAUGAGGUUAGUUGAGACCCAGGAUGAGAUGUUGCUUAAUGGUUUGAUCUGCCUGUCCCUCUAUUUCUGUUCUGCAUAACAAACUACUUUGUGCAUGACGUAAUUACUUGCUUUUUAUAUUAACAUCAUUCAUGGGGGACAUAGUUUUAAAAAGGUGACCACUAAAAUGUUGUACAGUAGGCUUGUGUGAAUGUUGUGUUGGAGUACUGUCAAUAAAAGUGUUCUGUAAAUAGC